AUGGAUUACCUCCAUCUGCACGUCAACUGGCCACUUACCUCUGUGUUAGCCCAUUUCGCUAUGUCCACUCUCAUUGAGCCUUGGAUUGUAAACCUGGAUGCUCCUGGUCCGCAUAUUCCUGACUUAUCACGAUACACUAACGCGCUGCUUGGAGACGUUGACUUGUUCUCUUUGUUCGUCAGUGACAGGGGCCCUAAAACUCAGGUUCAGAAUAUUGUUCGACAAAUUUGCCUGGCCCGAGCCAAACGGUUGGCCUUGUUAUCUACCGUUUGGUAG